AUUCAGAACAGGAUCAGUCAUGUUUCGGGCACGCUUACCAGACAGUUAGAUCUAUAUUGCCUACUUUUUUUGUUUAAGCAAGAACAACCAUGGAUCCUCAUUCUUCUGCCCAGGAUGUGCACCGAUGUGACCUUUGUGAAACCGCCAUAGUACACAGCUACUGUGAUUUUUGCCAUGUCAACCUCUGCAAGCCCUGUGUAGUAGAUCACAUCUCAGAUGGGUAUGACAAACAUAAAAUUGUUUCUUUCCAGGAACGAAGAUCAACCCUCAUUUAUCCAAAAUGCAAAACGCACCCACACAAAAUUUGUGAAUUUCAUUGCAAGGAUUGUAACAACAUUUUUGUUUGUUCUUCCUGCAUGGCAUCUGAACAACACAAAGGACAUAACUUUGUAGAAGUUACAGAAAUUUACAAGACAAUGAAAGACAAUAUAAAAAAAGACACAAAAGAGUUAGAAAAUCAUAUUUCUCCUACAUAUGAAGAAAUUGCACUUGACUUAGAAAAUGAACUGGCCAACCUGGAUGGAGGAUAUGAAAAACAUACUACAACAAUUUCAAAACAAGGAGAGCAAUGGCACAGAGAAAUCGACAUUGUCAUCAACAAAAUGAAAACCGAAAUUAACGAGAUAAAAGUGAAGCACAGAUACAUUUUAAAGAAACACUUGAAUGAAAUCAAACAGACACAGUCUCUCAUAAAACAAACAAUACAAGCCCUACGGAAAAUCGAGAAAUCCACUGAAGUAUCUUCAACUAUUGAAUACAGGUCUAAGGUCAGAGAGUUCAGCAAGCUUCCACCCAAGGUUAAGGUUACAAUGCCAAAAUUCAUUCCAAAACCAAUAGACCAUGAGAAGCUGUUUAUUUUGUUUGGACAGAUUACCCCAUUACCAACUGCAACAGAGGAAAAUAUCAUGUCACCGAACCAACCUAACACUUCAGUCAGAGAACUACUGGAUGAACCAGAGAUUGUUGCCACAAUACAGACUGGGUAUGAAAAAUUACGCAGUGUUACCUGUCUAAAUGAUGGUAGUAUAUGGACGAGUGGAAGGACCAAUGAUAUCAAAUGCUUCAACAGUAAAGGUUCACUCCUCCAGACAAUCAAAACAAGAUCAGAAGAAUGGCCUAAUGAUAUAGCUGUAGACAGUGAUGGGGAUCUACUGUACUGUGAUUGGACAGAUCGGACAGUGAACAUAGUAAAGAAUGGACAGACAGAAGAGUUGAUCACAUUAUUAGAGUGGACGCCUAUUAAUCUCUGUGUCACCUCUACAGGUGAUCUCCUGGUUACCAUGUACAGUAAUGAUAAAACUCAAUCCAAAGUUGUCCGUUAUUUGAGAUCUACAGAGAAACAAACAAUUCAAUUCGAUGGUGAUGGUAAACCUCUGUACUCAGGGAAUGGUAGAAUUAAAUACAUCACUGAGAACAGAAACCAUGACGUCUGUGUAGCUGACUUUGGAGUUGGUGCAGUAGUGGUGGUUAAUCAGGACGGGAAACUCAGAUGGAGGUACACUGGUUAUCCCUCAGUUACUAAGAACAAACUAUUUAAACCCAUUGGUAUCACAACAGACAGCCAGAGUCAUAUCCUGACAACAGACAGUGACAACCAUUGUAUCCACAUUCUUGAUCAGAAUGGACAGUUUCUCCGUUACAUUGAUAACUGUGAUCUGAAGAAUCUUACUGGUUUAUGUGUGGACAAUAAUGACAAGCUGUUUGUGUGUGAGUACUACAAAGGCAAUGUAAAGAAAAUCAAAUCUCUAAAGUAGACAUCAUCAAUGUGAUGUACAUCAAACUCUCUGUACAAUUUCAUCCUUGGAAUUUUAUAUAAAAUAUAUUUGAACUAUAGUUUUCUUAUACUGGUGAAUUCAUUAAUUCUAUUAAUUUAACAGAUAAAUAAAUAAUAACUUGAUUUUUUAUAAAAAAACACCUCUAAUUUUCAACCAAGAUUUGAAGAGGGGGCUUUUAAAUUUUGUUUGCAUGCACAAUACAGCUACACAUGUAUUGUAUCUUAUCAAAUAAACUGAUAAGUGGCAUGUCAAUUAUCAGGAUAGAAAAGAUUUCAGACAAAAAAAAAGUAAGGGCUUAAACUGACAUGGACCAUCUACCAGCUAUUGUGUUAAUAGAACAUAUAUAAAACAUGUGAAUUUGUUUUAUGUACCAGAAAAUCAUUGCUGUGUAUAUUACCAGCAGAUGCUAUCUUAAUAUGUAAUUUACAACAUUUGUCUAAAUGUGUCAACUGGUUGUAGGAAGACUCUUUGCUGUAUUUUAACUCUUAUUUGUCUUUACAGAAUAUUUGAGACAAAAUGAACAUGUGUUUUUGUUUAAUAUUGCAGUAGGUAUCAUACAUGUAAUAAAAUAAUUUUGAAAAGAAAAACCAAUAUGCCUAUAUAGUCACCUGGGUAUCAUAAAUCCUUUAGACUGACCUGUCAAAGGGGCUCAUAUUUGCAUUUAAUCUGCAUUUUAGAAUCUUAGACCUAAUCUAAAUAUAAUGUUUGAAAAUCACAUACAGAAUUUGUGAGGAGCGGCAAGGAUCAUAAACCCUUAAUUUGCUAGCGAAGAUGGGGCCAAGAUCACAUCCCAGUAACUAAGUAUUAAUAUUUUGAUUUUCUAAAUUGAAUGGUACUAUCCUCGGCUUGAAUAAUGUUUUAUGAGUUUAUAUCAUUAAUUAAAAAAAUUUGUCCUUGACCUUUCUGGCCUUAAAAAAUACUCAAGAUCAAAGGCCAUUGCUUUUUAGAUGACAAUUGGAGUUAUGUCUUUAAGACAAAGGGUUAACAAAAUUUACACGAUUAUCUUAGUAAAGAUCAGCAGAGUUUAGUCUAUUAUAACAUGUAUUUUGAGGAUUAUUUCUGAAUCAUGUUUUAACAAUAUUCGUAGUUUUAAUAAAUUCCCUUUGGAAGAUCCUUCGAGUGUAAACGCGCUAAAUCUCGAUAAUUCUUACAAGUAUCAUAACGGAAAUUCUAUAGAAAUUGGUUAAAGUACAUGCGUUGAAUAGAUAACGUAUGUUUAUUUAUGUUCAUGGAGAAAUGUGUUAAUAAGUCCAGUGAUGAGCCUGUCGACGCCGGGUCAGAAAUCUAAAUAAAACGCUAAUACUGACCACGGUGCGUCAAAUCAUUAGUAUGCACUUGAUCGCAUUUACUUAUUAGGAGGAGAAUGUUGUAGCGCAGUGUUCGUGCGUAUAAAAUGGGGAUGCGGGAAACACAGUUCUUCAGUAGUCAUCUAGAAGCUGUCUUUCUGCCUCCUCUUUUUAUACAGGUAUAAGAUAAAUUAUAACGCUUGCGCGCAUUCUCAAAAGUAAAUUAAUACAUAUAGAUUCAGAUGGUUCAAAUAGUAUUUUAUUUUCAGAGAUUUUUUUGUGAUGAAUAUUAAUGUUGAUAAAUUUAAUUGUAAUUAAUAGUGAUAUUUAUUGUUAAAAUGUCAUAUUAAAUUAAUAAAAGUGUAGUCAUCUGGAAGCUGUCUUUCUGCCUCCUCUUUUAUACAGACUGGGACACGGGCUACUCCCCAUGUAGAGGAGGAGACAUUCCGGAAACAUCUUGGCUAGGGCACACGCCAGGUGUUGGCAUGUUGGAACACAGAUCUCGAGGAUCUAAAAAAAUUAAAUAUUAUAUCACUCCAUAUAAUCCCUAUGAAAUAGUGCUGGAGGCGUUAUGAUAUAGUGGUGGAAUCCGGGUUCCAACUUGUCCUAGCGACACCACGGAAGAGCCAUCAACGACCUAACGAACACAAUUGGGCCAAAAACGUAAAGCAACACCGCCUCCACAGCAUUGUCUGAUCAUUAACAACUUUGAUACCAUCAAAUCUUUCUACAAUUUCAAGAUAUGAAUCGUUAAGCUAUAUUCUAGAAUUUACUGAAGAAAACAAUCCAUAUGCAUGUACUCUUAUUUAAAUUCGGGUAUUUUCUUAUAUUUUGAUAUAGAGCUCUUCUUUUAAACGAAAUCAAUUCAGCCUAAAAAUGGACACGACCAUCGGGCCCUCUUAAUUUCUUUUCAUCUCUUUUUUGUUUUGCUUGUCAAGAGAUU